CGGUGCUCGGCGGCUCUCACUGCCCUUCCUGCAGCUAAGGACUUUCAUUUAACAUUCCUGCAACAAAUCGGGAUCAUGGCCUCAGUAAUGCAGAAGCUGAUCACUCCUCUGGCCAGCGGCCCUGCUGAGCCCCCCAGGAACAAGGUUACUAUUGUUGGCGUGGGGCAGGUGGGCAUGGCCUGUGCCGUCAGCGUACUGCUUCGGGAACUUGCAGAUGAACUGGCUCUGGUUGAUGUUGUGGAGGACCGACUGAAGGGAGAGAUGCUGGAUCUGCAGCAUGGCAGCCUUUUCCUCAAGACGCCCAAGAUUGUGGCUGACAAGGACUACUCUGUGACCGCUAACUCUCGUAUUGUGGUGGUGACGGCUGGAGUGCGUCAGCAGGAGGGUGAGAGCAGACUGAACCUGGUGCAGAGGAACGUCAACAUUUUCAAGCACAUCAUCCCUCAGAUUGUCAAAUACAGUCCUGACUGCAUUCUCGUCGUGGUGUCCAAUCCAGUGGACGUUCUGACCUAUGUGACCUGGAAGUUGAGUGGCCUGCCAAAGCACCGUGUCAUUGGCAGUGGGACCAACCUGGACUCCGCCCGCUUCCGCUACAUCAUGGCAGAGAAGCUGGGCAUCCACGCCAGCAGCUUCAAUGGAUACAUUCUGGGAGAACACGGAGACACCAGCGUUCCCGUAUGGAGUGGUGCAAAUGUGGCUGGUGUCAGCCUGCAGAAACUCAAUCCUGACAUCGGCACAGAUAAAGAUGCUGAAAACUGGAAGGAAGCUCACAAGAUGGUUGUGGACAGUGCCUAUGAAGUGAUCAAGCUGAAGGGAUACACCAACUGGGCCAUCGGCCUCAGUGUGGCUGACCUGACAGAGACCCUGGUGAAGAACCUGAACAGAGUCCACCCCGUGUCCACUAUGGUGAAGGGCAUGUAUGGCAUCAACGAGGAGGUUUACCUGAGUUUGCCCUGUGUGCUGAACAGCAGCGGUGUGGGCAGCGUCAUUAACAUGACCCUGACCGAUGGAGAAAUCGGCCAGCUGAAGAGCAGCGCAGACACUCUCUGGGGCAUCCAGAAAGACCUGAAAGACCUGUAGAUCAGUCAUGGGCACCCACUUUUCCUUUCCAUAACUCCAUUCACACUCCUUCACUAUCUUUGCACACACUCUGAAAUCGGCUCUGUCAUUUCUUCUCACUUGCUUUUGGAUAUGUUUGCUUUGAAGUGUUUUUUUUCCAGUGGUGUUUUAAAGUAGGCAUUGUAAUCAAAAAUGUGGAAUGUUCCUUCUUGUAAAGCGAAUGAUCAAAGGGAGCAUCUUUGAACUUGUGUGGGCAAUGAAGAAAGAAGCAACACCUCUCUUAUGUCUGGACAUAAUUUAGCAAGAUCAUUAGGGGACGUUCUUGUGUCUUUGUGUUUAAGUCAAGAGGAGAAGAAACUGAAGUGUGGUCCAUACAAAUGUAUUCAUUCUUCUGAAUCGUGCUGUAAGUGUUGGUCAUGUUGAUGAGGGUGUGUGUAAGAUGAAAUUUAAUAAACUAAUGAACCA